UUUCGAACCAAAUUGUACCAUGCACGACAAUACACCGCCACGAUCGCCGAUGGAUGGCAGUCUGUUGGAAAACGAGGAAGAUGAGCUGAUUUACGUCGGUGACGCAGAUGAGGUGCUCGAUGCAUGGGAAGCAGAAGCAAACCUUGAAGAAGACGACGAAGAGGAAGCAGCAGGUGAAGAUGAUACGGGAUCAGUUCGCUUCCGUUCGUGCGAACGGGAUGAUGCGAAGCUAACCUUCACGAAACACACCGCCACCGUGUUCUGUGGUGCGCUUCAUCCAACGGAAGAUUUAGCCGUAACGGGCGGUGAGGACGACAAAGCAUACGUGUGGAACAUACGGACCGGUGAGGUACAGCACGAGGUGACCAAUCAUACCGAUUCGGUCGUCGCGGUUGGAUUCAGCCACGACGGUGUGUACGUUGCCACGGCGGACAUUUCCGGCUACAUACAGGUGUUUAAGUUGACGCAAAACUAUCGCAAAGUGUGGGAGUUUAAUGUGGGUGAUUUGUGCUGGAUGCGAUGGCACAGCGGUGCGUACGUACUGAUGGCGGGAUGCGAUUCCGGCGAGGUGUACAUCUGGCGUAUACCGUCCGGCGACUGUAAGGUACUGCCCGGACAGGAUUGUAAAACGGAAGCGGCAGAACUUACGCACGACGGUAAGAAGCUAGCCGUUGGGUACGGUAAUGGACACUUUAAGCUAUGGGACUUGAAAUCGGGCUCACCGGUGAUGGAGGUGGAUUCGUCCGUUGGACACAAGACGAAUAUUACGACGGUGUCGAUCGAUCAGGAAAAUCAACUGUUUGUGACCGGUGCGGAAGAUGGUAGCUCGUACGUGAUGGGACCGAACGGUGUGCUGGGAAUGCUAGUAGGGCCGAGCGAAGCACUGCUCGAGUCGGUACUGGUAGACUAUCCUGGAUUUGAGAUAAAGGUGGCAGCAACCGGCACGUUGCAGGGAAAAGUAACGAUCUGGGACGUGGCACGACAAACGAAGCGGGUCGAGUGUGUGGACGAAGAACCGACCGGCAUUACAAAAAUGCUUUGGUUGAAGGACUUCACAAUCUGUGCCGGUACGCUUGGUGGUUACAUCAAGGGCUGGGACUUUCGGAGUGGGGCGAAGCGUUUCACGCUCGAUGGCCAUACGAACGAUAUUCAGGAUAUCGUGUACGAUAGGGAGCGAAACAUAAUACUUUCCACAUCCGAAGAUCGUACGGCGAAGAUAUUCGAAGUGCCUGCAAGUCAAUAGAUGACCGAAUGUUAA